AGAGGUCCGCGAAAACAAAGGAACCCGAUUGCACUGUCCGCGUCAUUGCCGUGCGCUUGGGAGUCUGUGUGUGCUUGUGUCUGCGCACUGUAUAAUUCAAUCCACCUCGCUGCCCCUCGCGCGUGCACGGUGAAGACGGUAGCAACGUUGGCUCUCCCUCCUUUAGUGUUAUUAUCAUCAUUAUUAUUAUUAUUAUUUCAUACUCCGCCUCGAGCCUCAUCCUUUAGUUUUAUUUCUCAAAGCCUAACAUUUCACUCCCCGGGGCUUUUGAUCCGCUAUCCUCGCCCCUCUUCCUCUCAAUCAACGCAUGUUUCGCUUCCACACUCGUCGGCUGCUGUGCGUCGCAGCAGCAGCCACCACCCCCUCGCCGGACGUGUUGCAGGUAACGAAGGGCGUGGCGAACAGACUGGAGGAUCUGUCGCCGCGUGCCAUUACCGAAAUCCUUAACGCGUACAUCGUGGGACAGGAAGCAGGGAAGAAGGCUGUGGCCAUCGCCCUGCGCAACCGCUGGCGUCGCCGUCAGCUGAAGGACGUCGACCUCCGCAAGGAAGUGCUGCCGAAGAACAUGCUGCUGAUUGGUCCUACCGGGGUUGGAAAGACGGAGAUCUCGCGCCGCAUGGCCCGCAUCACCGACGCCCCCUUUAUAAAAGUGGAGGCGACCAAGUACACGGAGGUCGGCUUCAAGGGGAAGGACGUGGAGAGCAUCAUUGAAGACCUCUACACAAAUGCAAAGCUCAAGGCACGUCGCGCGCUAGAGAAGGAGCGACACAGCGAGGCACUCUCCAUGGCGCUCGACACGGUGUACAGCGCGUGGUCGGUGAGCCGGCGGAUGCAGGUAAUGGAUCGCACCAUUCGCAGCGCGUCGAAGGCGGAGGAGGCAGCAACGGCAACCGCCGAGAGCGGCGCUAACGCAUUGGAGAGCAGCAGCAGUGACGACGUCGCGUCGACUAAGGCUAAAGAAGGCGCCGUGUCAGACGACGAAGCCGUCGCUGCUGCAGCGGCCGCCGCCGCCACCACGGAAGUCCAGCAGCACACCCUCGAGUACUUCCGCGAGCACUACGAGGAGGAGCCGAUCAAGAGCGACAUGGUGACCAUCGACAUCACCGCGCCGCAGCCGCCGUCGAAGCCGAAGGAGGGCGGCAUCGACCUGCAAUCGGUUGGCAUGCUGCUGGGGUUGAGCGGAGAGCCGAAGCGGCCGAAGAUGUCUGUCACAAAGCGUGUGGUGGACGCCGUCCCGCUGGCGACGCAGGAGGCGCUGGAUAAGCUGAUUGAUGAGGCCUCCGUCAACACGUUAGCGCGUGCGCUGGCGGAGGAGGAAGGAGUUGUAUUUGUGGAUGAAAUCGACAAGGUGGUGGCCGAGCCGUCCAGCGCCAACGCCGACGUCAGCUCGACCGGGGUGCAGCAGGACCUGCUGCCGCUGAUUGAAGGGUCCAACGUGACCAUGAAGGACGGCAGCGUCAUCGCGACGGACAACAUUUUAUUUAUCUGUUCCGGUGCCUUCCACGUUGCCAAGACGUCGGACAUGAUCGCGGAGUUGCAGGGGCGGCUGCCGGUGCGGGUGGAGCUGCAGGCCCUGACCGAGAACGACUUCCGCCGCAUCCUGACGGAGCCGAAGUUCAACCUGCUCCGACAGCAGCAGGAGAUGAUGAAAACGGAGGGCAUCGAAGUCGCCUUCCCCGAGGAGGGCGUCAACGCGCUGGCGAAGGUGACGUGUGCGGUGAACGCGCAGGGGCAGAACAUUGGGGCACGUCGGCUGAACACCGUACUGGAGCGGGUGAUGGACGAGUACAGCUUCAACUGCGAGGACUACGCGGGCAAGAAGAUCGAAGUGACGGCGAAGAUUGUGCAGGAGGCGACGGAGAAGCUGCAGAAGAACGUCAACCUAGCCAAGUAUCUGCUGUGA